UUAAAUAUACAGUUAAAUAUUAACUAGACAUCGCUUAAGAACUGAAACCCCGCAGUUUAGAAAAACACCCUAAAUCCAAAUCAGAGAAGAGCCCUAUAAUUCAAUCUCAAGUGAAAUCCAGAAAAAAUCAAGCAAUAUGAGUUACGAUAAAACUCACCCUGUACAUUCAGUACGGAGGUUUAUUGUCGAAGAAAGGGAAUAAUAUAUGUUAUAAAGGUGGUUUGACUGCACCAAACAUGCUAGUAGAUCCAGAUUUGCUUACAUUCUCAAUUUUUGAAGAUUUCACAAAUAAUCCAGAAACUGUUAGCAAUGUGGAAAAGGUAUGGUAUAGACUACCUAAUGAGGAUAUGUCAGCGUUAAGAUCGAUAUCACAGGAUAAGGAUAUUGAGAUUAUGAAGAUAGCUGCAGAGGCAAAAUAUUGUGGAGAGGUUUACAUCUACGUUGAACAUAGUGUUUCUCCACCAAAUGUUAUUGAUGAUGCAAGUUUGGUGACUGAAGCGUGUUUGGAUGAUGGUGAAAAGGCUGAUGAUAAAGGCAAUAGUGAGGAAGAGGACAUAGAUGAAGAAGAAAGUGAUGGUGAAAACAGAGAGGAAGAAAGUGAUGAAGAAGAGAGAGAUGAAGAAUGUCAAAAAGAAGACCAAGAGGAAGAAGUAGCUGAGGAUGAGAAUCAGAUAUUACAUGAAGGAGCUGCUGAUCCACGCUUUGCAGAUUUGUUUGCAGAAGUUAAACAACAGACUACUACAGUUCAUGGUGUGGCUUCUCAGCCUAAUGUAGACAAUGAAAAUGGUUAUUAUAGUGAAAUUGAGGCUGAGGUACACCUUCCUCGUGGUGAGUAUCCAGAUUCUGCGGAAGACACUGAUGAAGAAUGGACAAAUUGGCAUAAGAAGGAUGACUAUGGAAGGUCAUUGAAAGGAAAAAGUAAAGCAGAUUAUGGAAAACCUCCAUACCUAUGGUUGAUGCAGACGUUUAGCAAUGGGGAUGAGUUCAAGGAUCAGCUAUUGAUGUAUGUUUUGAAAACACAGUUUGAUGUGAAGUUGAAUAAGUGGCAUCCUGAGAGGCUUGCAGCCAUAUGCACACAUGAGAAAUGCAAAUGGAGGAUCUAUUGCUCCAUAGAGAAACCUAUACGGAAGUGGAUGGUCAAAGUUUAUGAAGAGAAACACAAUCAUUUGCCCACAGGAAGAGCUAGGAUGCUAAAACAGGGAACUAUUGUAAGGUUGUUCAAAGAAGAAGUAAGAAGACGACCUGACAUAAGGAGCUCUGAUAUUAAGGAUGAGUUGAUGUACAUGUAUAACAUCUCAGUCUCAAUAUAUAAAUACAGAAAAGCAAGAAGAAUUGCAUUAGAUAUGGUGUUAGAUACUCAGAAACAACAAUUUGCUAAAUUAUGGGACUAUGAGAAUGAGUUGAGGAGUACUAAUAAAGAUGUUACAACAGAGAUUUUGACUAUUGAAAAGGAUGGAAGACAAGUCUUUGAAAGCUUCUAUGUUUUCUUUGAACCUAUAGGGAGAACUUGGAAGCAGUAUUGUAGGCCUUUGAUAGGCCUUGAUGGUGCUUUCUUAAAGUGGGAGUUGAAAGGAGAGAUAUUAGCAGCAGUUGGUAGGGAUGCAGAAAAUAGGAUUUAUCAUAUUGCUUGGGCUGUUGUAAGAGGUGAUUACAAGGAUUCUUGGACUUGGUUUGUUAAAAAGUUGGUGGAUGACUUAAACUUGAGUGUAGGAGAUGGAGUUACCUUUAUAUCUGACAAACAGAAGGGUUUAAAAGUAGCUUUGACAAUUGUUCUCCCAAAUGCUGAGCAUAGAAAUUGUGCAAAGCAUGUAUAUGGUAACUGAUCAAAGAAAUAUCGAGAUCUUGACUACAAACCCUUUUUCUGGAAUGUGGCAUAUAGCAAAACAGUUGGAGAAUAUGGUUUGCGUAUGGAAGAGCUACGUGUAUACGACAUAGAUGCCCAUGAUGAUUUGUUGGCUGCUGAACCAAAGACUUGGUGUCUAGCUUUCUUCUCCAACAACGCCAGAUCUGCUAAUGUUUGUAACAGUUUGUCAGAGAGCUUCAAUAGGACUAUUAGAAGAGCUAGGGAAUUGCCUUUGAUUAACAUGCUGGAAACAAUUAGGAGGCAGGCUAUGAUUUGUAUUUCUCGCAGAUAUAAGAAAGCAAUUGGGUGCAUAUUGCCUUUCCCUAAGAAGAUUGCAGAUUUAUUGGAAGUAAAUAGAGAAGAGAGUCGAGAUUGUUAUGUUCUUACAAGUUCAGAUAACUUGUUUGAAGUGCUUCUACACGGUUGUGGCUAUGAGGUUAGUCUUCAGCUGCGUCAUUGUGUUUGUAGGGGAUGGGACCUCACUGGUAUUCCUUGCUCACACGCAAUCAAAGUUAUCAAUGAAAACCACCAAAAACCGGAAAACCAUGUCGAUCAUUAUUACAAGACUGAAGUUUGGAUAGAAAACUACAUGAACAACAUCAAACCAGUUAAUGGAGAAAAGUUUUGGGAAAAAACUGGUAAAACACCAAUUGGAGUUCCAGGUUUUAGAAAAAUGCCAAGAAGACCUAAGAAAAACAGGAUAAAGGCAGCUCAUGAGUGUCCUUCCAAUCCAAAAAGAGUGACUCGAGAUGGCAGGAUAGUAACAUGUGGUAGUUGUAAGAAGGUAGGACAUAAUCGUACCACUUGCAAAAAUGAAUCUUUUGUUAAACAAGGUCCAUCACGCAAACGUGGAAGGCCUCGUAAGAUACUCGACGCUGGAGACAACAACCCAUAUCGACCAAGAAAGCGCAUUAG